GAUUGAUAUUAUCAAACAUUUUAAGUAAUAUAAAAAUGAAAUACGUUCAAAAACACAAAAUCAAUAAUAAGACAUACAAUGAAUACAAUGAAAAUAAACGUCUUAUCAAAUAUUAAAGUUAAAUAAUUACAGAAUGUUGUAUUUUUCUCAGAAAAUGUAUUUUAUAUUUGCAACAAUCAUUACCUUAUCUUUGAGUAUAAUAAUUUAUCAGAUCUACUUAAUUCAAAUUGAUAAUAGAUUAUAUCAUCCAGCGAUACCCAUAAUUUUAUGGUGGACACCUUUUGGAAAUGAGAAAUUACGGGAUUGUGGAAAUUACCAAUGUUAUUUUACAAGUAAUCGGUCCUUUCAAUACCAUAAACAAAUAAAAAGUUUCCUUUUCUACGGUAGUAGUUUCCAAAUUGAUGAUUUACCAAAGUGGAAAUCUGAUAAAAUUCCAUGGGGUUUGCUUCACGAAGAAUCUCCAAGAAAUAAUCCAAUAUUACUUCAACAGAAAACAUUGAAUCUUUUCACAUACACUUCGACAUUUAGCAGAUUCAGUGAUGUACCUCUAACUCUUGUAGAUCUACCUGGAAUCACAGAAUUAUUAAGUAAGAAGUAUUUUAUAUCUACAAAAGAAAAGACAAAAUUAUUGCGUGAAAGAAAUUUGGCACCAUUACUUUAUAUACAAUCUGAUUGCGAUACUGCAAGUAACAGAGAUAUUUAUGUAGCUGAAUUAAUGAAAUAUAUACGUGUAGAUUCAUAUGGCACAUGUUUAAAUAAUGCUCAACUUGAUAAAAGGUUAAAAGAAAAUUACCUUGAAAUACUGAACAAUGAAGAUUUUCUUUCUUUUAUUGCCAAUUACAAGUUUACAAUAGCAUUUGAAAAUGCAGUCUGUGAUGAUUACAUCACUGAAAAAUUAUGGAGGCCCUUGAUUGUUGGAUCUAUACCUAUAUAUUAUGGAUCACCAUCAUUUAAAGACUGGCUUCCAAAUAAUAUGUCUGCUAUCUCAGUACUUGAUUUCAAAGAUCCAGCAAAUUUAGCCAACUUUUUACAUAAUCUUUCUAAUAAUGAAAUUGAAUAUAAUAAAUAUUUAUCUCACAAAUUAAUUGAUAACUAUGAAAUAGAAAAUGAAAGAUUGAAAGAGGUAUUAGAAAGAAGAAAGGAAAGUUCUAAUGAGUUUGGAAAUUAUGUUGAAGAAUUUGAGUGUUUCGUUUGCACAAGUAUAUAUCAACCAAAAAAAUCAAAAACUGUUGACGAGAAACAUUAUAACUGUCCACUGCCAAAAAAUCCACUAACAAACGAAAUUGAUCAUUCGAAUUGGUGGACAAAUCAAUGGAUUUUAGGAAAAUGUAGUGCGACAUUAUUAAGUUAUCAUUUGCAAAAUAACCUUACAAUUAACAAGGAAAAUUUUGAAAAAGAUAAAAUGAAAUUAUAUGAUACAAAUGAAUGUUGAAUUUAUAUAUUUUUUUAAUGGGCAAACCAAUGAAUUUUACAAAAUGUAGUACGACGUGAUUAAGUUAUCAUUUGCAAAAUAACAUUACAAUUAACAAGGAAAAUUUUAAAAAAGAUAAAAUGAAAUUAUAUGAUGAAAAAUGAAUGAAUUUAAUUUAUAUAUUUUUAUUUUAUGUAUCGAAUGAUUGCAAAAGUCCCAAUUUUCAAAAGUGUUUUAUUUUUAAAUUGCAUACAAAAUUCUGCAAUUAUCCAAUAUAACAAAACAUUAUUAUAUCAUAAUUUAUACUUUUGUGGUUUGUUUUUAUUGUAG